AUGUCUAACAAGUCACCAAUAUUUCCGAUGCCACAACCUCAACACUUCAGCGACUAUGGCUUUGACCCUCAAAUCGACUAUUUUCAGGUCCUGGAAGAAGCAAGAAGACACAAACGUGAGACAACAAGAUCCAUAGACUCCAUACACUUCAAGCUCCAAAAACCCAUCUCCAAAGACGACCCCAAAAAGACCCACAAGGCCAAGAAGCGCUGGUGGAAAAGCGCUCUGCUUUUCUUCAAAUGCAUCACCCACCACCACCAUGGCCACAACAAUCGCAGCGAAGAAGACGUGCACCAGGCCAGGGCUAAUGCCUUCAGGGCCUCAAUUUCAGGUCCCGUCUAUAUCACAGAGAGCAGAAGUAGCUCGAGCCCGCCUUACCGUACGACAAGCAGGCCGUCGUCGGGACCCCUCUCCGGAACUCUGUCUCCGGCGAGUAGGGGUGAGCUGGACAUUCCUUAUCUCAGCCUCAGGGAGCUUAACAUGGAGCAGCAGCAACAGAGGAACUCUACCUCUGCCAUGCCCAUAUAUUUGGUUACUUGA